AUGGAUAUUGAUAUGAUUGAUGUGCUACCGCCGUCUUCUUUGCCAAGCGAGCCUAAGAAACCCUCGACUCUGAAUCUUCGAGUUACAAUUCCAGAUAUAUCAACAAUGGAAGCAGUCACAUUGGACAGUGAGCCAACGCCAACAAGUGCGGAUUGGCAAAGUGAUUUAUAUGCUGAAACAAUUUCUUCUGAUAGUGAUAUUGCGGCAUACGAGAGUAUUUCACUACAACAGCCAAAAAAUCACCGAAUUGGGCCUGCGCUAAUCAAUUAUGCGGUGACUCAGCAGCAAGGAUGGGAAACUCUUGGUCUUCGCAGCAAGCGAGGAGCCAGGUCCACGCAUCCAGAGAUUGAAGAUGCAUUUAAUGUACCUCGCUCUAUCAAUGAACAAGUUCACAUACCCACACAAACGCAAUACAAUAUCUUUGUAUUGGCGGAUGGACAUGGUGGUGCAAAGGCAGCAAGACAUUUUUGUGAGGUAAUACCUGAUAACGUACGCGAAGUGUUAAACUCCGAGAAAAUAUGGAAUUUUCGAGAGCUUAAAGAUCAACAAUUGUUUCGAACUAAGAUGCGUGAGAUGAUGAAAGCACUUGAUCAUGAAUUUUUAUCGUUGCAGAAACAAAAAUUUGCAGAAUGGGUUGCAAUAGGAAGACCAGAUCCAAUCUUGGCGGAUGAAGGGUCGACUUUGAUUGUGGUGGUUUUAUUUGAUGGGGUUGCCAUUAUUUCGAACAUUGGAGAUUCAAAAACUAUAUUAUGCAAAACACUACAAUCACAGAUUGGUAAUAAUUCAAAAAUAAGGCUUGAUUUAAUUUAUCAAUCGACGGAUCAAUCUCCCGGACAUCCACAAAAAGCUUAUCAUAUAUACAAAAAUGGAGGCGUAUUUCGUCGGGAGGAGAAUGAAAAGAUCAUAAAAGCUAAAGUAAAUCCUCCUACAAUGGAUUCAUCUGCUGCUCUGACAUCUCCAACAUCAUUCGGACAUGGAAAGAUGUAUCUAAGUUUACAAAGGGCCAGAGUUUCUCGUCCACCUGGAUAUAAGAAUCCUUAUGGACUUCCCGAAGACCAAUCCGUAAACAUUGGUGACACAAUGGGAGACUUGUACUUUAAACUUGAUCCUCCGUUAUUUCCAUGUGAACCUGAUGUUGAAUUUGUAAUAUUAGAAUCCGGUACUGAAUAUUUAGGAAUAAUGGCACCGGAUGGAUUAUGGGAUCAUUUGAUAGUGAAGUUGCCGGAUUUUUUGCGUAAAAUAGCAAAAUUUCUUAAUGAGAUGAGAUAUCGAGAGAUUGAUUAUGAACUUGAUAGUUCACCAUAUACCGACUCGAGCAAUUCAUAUUCAUCCACUGCAUCAUCGUCGUCCUCCUCAGAUUCAGAAAGUGAUGGCGAUAAUAAUCAAGUUAACAAAUGUGUCACUAGCCCACAUGCAAAAAAGAUUCAUCGUCCUGUUGUUCCCACUUCCAUGUUGACAGGAAGUUUGGCAACAACUCAAGAAGUACUACGAGAACUUGCUAUCUCUCUGUGCGAUCGUCUAGAGGACCCCAUGCAAAUAUUUGCAAAAGAUCAAGGACGUUAUGAUGACUGUACUGUUAUCGCCUUCUCUCUGAAGUUUGAAGAAUCUCAAUAA